AACACCUCAACUUUUUCUAUACCAUAACUCAGAGCUUCUUCUUCUUCUUCUUCUUCUUUUCUUUUUGGAUUUGAGGAUCUCACUAUAACUUUUGGUUUUUCGUUUUUUUUGAUUUUAAUGGAGGGUCAUCAUCAUCUCCAUCAACAACAACAUCAUCAUCAAAGGCAACAACAACAUCAUCAUCAACAACAACAACAACAACAACAUCCUCAUAACAUCACAAGUGUUAACGUGGAUGUCACAGACAAGUUCCCUCAAUGGAGCAUCCAAGAGACAAAAGAGUUCCUCAUGAUUCGAGCAGAGUUGGAUCAAACUUUCAUGGAGACAAAGAGGAACAAACAGCUUUGGGAAGUUAUCUCCAAUAGGAUGAAGGAAAAGGGUUAUCAUAGAAGUUCAGAACAGUGCAAGUGCAAGUGGAAAAACCUCGCUACCCGCUAUAAGGGAUGUGAAACAAUGGAGCAAGAAGCUUAUAAGCAGCAAUUUCCAUUUUACAAUGAACUUCAAGCGAUUUUCACUGCAAGGAUGCAGAGAAUGCUGUGGGCUGAAGCAGAAGGAGGGUCGAAGAAGAAGGGUACUAUGCAGCUCUCAUCUGAGGAUGAAGAAGAUUGCAAUAUUAAUGAAGAUAGUCAAGGAGAUAUUCAAAAGGGUAAUAAUGGAAGAAAGAAGAGAAAGGGUAAGAUGGUUAUUGGUGGAGGAAGUGGUAAUAGUGGUAGCAACAUGAACAACUUGAAGGAGAUUCUAGAAGAUUUCAUGAGGCAACAAAUGCAAAUGGAAGCUCAAUGGAUGGAAGCAUUUGAGGCAAGAGAGAAUGAGAGGAGGUUGAAGGAGAUGGAGUGGAGACAAACCAUGGAAGCAUUAGAGAAUGAGAGGAUAAUGAUGGAUCAAAGAUGGAGGGAAAGUGAAGAACAAAGAAGGGUUAGAGAAGAAGCUAGGGCUGACAAAAGAGAUGCUUUGAUCACUGCUCUGUUGAAUAAGCUCACAAGAGAACAAGAGAUGUAG